AGUAUAUACAGAUAUACAGAUCUGUUGAUAUCGGGAGUGUGAGAUAGCUCUACAUCGCUAGCCAUCAUGCGCACAUCCCUCGUAUUCCUUGGUCUAUCGUGGCUGGCUCUUCCAUGCUUAUCCAAGAAUCAAGAGCUCAAUACCGAGCGGUACAUCGACGGGCUCGAUCAUGACGAUUUGCGAACGAUAUUAGACCUGAAACCAGAUCCAUGGCGGAGCGUCGAGGAAGGACAUCUUGCUAGGCUGCUGAUACCGAGAGCAUCCGGGUCACAGAAUAAUACCGAUGUGAGAAAUUAUAUGAAAGAUAUCUUCGUCAAGCUAGGCUGGCACACAGAAGAAACAGCCUUCACCUCAAAAACGCCAAUAGGGGAUGUUACUUUUACGAAUUUGAUCGCGACAUUCGAUCCGGAAGCGCCGACGAAGCUGGUCUUGUCAGCACAUUUCGAUUCCAAGCAUUAUGAUACGUACCCCGCCAACCAGUUCAUCGGCGCAACAGACUCUGCCGCUCCCUGUUCCACUCUACUCGACGUGGCUGAAUCCCUUACCCCCCUCCUCCGGCACAAACAGACGCUCGUCCAGGCGGACGAAUACGAGGGAGACGAAGAGUGGGCGCAUACAACAUUGCAGAUCGUUCUGUUCGAUGGCGAAGAGGCCUUUCAUGAUUGGACGGCGACGGAUAGCAUUUACGGAGCCAGACACCUCGCUGAACGGUGGGAAUCCACCUAUCUUCCUGACACCCACGCUUACCACUCCUCCUACCUCGCCACCCGACGAUAUGAUCCCACCCCAUCGAUUCUCUCUACCAUCGAAAACCUGGUCCUGCUCGACCUCCUAGGCGCAGUCGACCCGCACAUCUCCAGUUAUUCGAAGCGGACGCACUGGUUGUUCAAGCACUUAGCUGAUGUAGAAGAUCGGCUGGAAGAGCUGAGCCGGGAAGGGCUGCCGAACAAGGGCAAGGGGAAGGGGAAAUGGUUCGAAGGGUUCGGCUGGGCGGGAGCGAUCGAUGAUGAUCAUCGGCCGUUCUUGGAAAGAGGCGUAUCGAUCCUACACCUGAUCGCCAACCCGUUUCCCCGAGUCUGGCACACUCUCGGUGAUGACGCCAGCGUGUUAGACAUGCCGACACUACGUAAAUGGAACGCCUUGAUGCGCAUCUUUACGGUAGAAUACCUCGGCCUGCCUGUACCCUCGUCAUCACCGGGCGAGGUGGAACAAUCAGCGGGGAUGGGCAUGGCGGCCCGGACGGAUGACUUGUUAUAGAUCGCGACAAUUCUAUCUCCAGUCAUCAAUAUCUUCUCGAUUCAAAACUUUCUGGAGACUGUUUGAUCUAUCGUCCCAGGUGUUGAAUUCCUGGAUCGAUUCAAUCUUGACGGACGGGCAAGGUCAAGGCCUUGUCUUUUAUCUCUUAUUAUUUCUUCGUCCAGAAAGCGUCGUCGAUAAUUCAUGAAAACAGAGAGAGAUGGGUCGAUGCGUCGUACUGUACAUCCCUGUGAAUCCAUGUGUAGUAAAUGGCUAUACCUAGCUAUUUGAUAUUCUGGUUGCGGCGCAUAUCGCUUCGGU